AUGUCAGAGACAAAUCCCCAAGACAAUGAUGUUAUGGUUCAAAACCAAAUUAUAAAAGAAGUCUACAAUAAAACAGAACCAUUUGCAAGAUCAUUUAAUGAUGAAAAGAAAUGGAAAGAUAUUACUGUAGAAUUUAAAAAGUAUUAUAAUGAAGAAAUAAAACAAGGAGAAUUUAAAGGAGAUGAGAAAUUAAGUUUGGCUAAGGUAUUACAUUCAGUCGAAGUAUUUAAUCCAUUUAUGGAUGUUGGACAUUUACUUAAAGAUAAUUAUCGAUCAGAAGAAUUAUUUGAAGCAGGAAAAAUAAAAGAAAUUGAAAAAUUUGAAGAUAAAGAGUUAAUAGAAUUAUUUGAUUCAUUAUUUAUAUUAGAACAAUUAUAUUUUCAUGGGAAAAUGUGGAAUCAUACAAUGAAAUGUUGUGAUUAUGUUAAUUUAGUAGAAAAACUUAAUAAAGAAAGUAUAGGAUAUGUUAUUGUUAUUUCAGAAUUAAAAACAUGUUCAUUAUAUUAUAAAAUGGUAAUGUCAAUUGGAGUAGAAGAAGAAGAAAUGGAUUUUAGUGAACAAGGGAAUCAAUUUAUUACAGAAAUGGGAAAUGAUAAAUUCUAUUCCAUGAUUGAUGAAGUACUUAAAAAAGAAAUUAGUAAAAAACUUAAAGAACGACUUGAAUUUAGAAAAGAAUAUAUAAAGGCAUUAGAAGACAUUGGAAAUAAAAAAAGUACAACACUUCCAAAAAUACCAGAAGAUAUGAAAACAACAGAAAAAAGAUUUAUUAGAGAGAAUUUAUAUGCUAGAGAUAUAACAUUUGUACCAAAUAUAAGAAGAUAUGAAAUACCAACACUUGAAGAAAUAAAGAAAAUAUAUGAAAAAGAUGCAGAAGAAAUUAGAAAAACAAAUGAAUUAAUGCCUAAAGAAAGAAUAAUGGUAGCAUAUUGUGGAAUACAUAAAAUAUUUAUGUGUCCAAUAAAGAAUUUAAUAGUUAGAUAUAUUAUUAGAGAAUAUGUAUUAGAUAAUAUUCAAGAAAAAAUAAAAAAAGGAAUGAAAGAAGUUGGAUUAAAUCAACAAAGAAUUGAAGUUGAUAAAUUAUUUUAUGAAAGACUAGGAAUGGUAUUUGGUGAUAUUAUUAAAAUGAUGACACAUAAUCAAUCAUACUUUUAUCGUAGUUUUUCAAUUUUACUUGAAGUAUUUGAAAUGACACAUAAUGAUGCAUAUCAAUUUGAUUUACAACAAAUACAAAAAUAUCCACCACCAACAUUUAAACCACAAUUUAUAAUGCCAGGACAUUAUAUUAAUGGAUAUCUUAUGCAAAUUAAAUUUUCAUUAAUGAUUAAAUAUCUUUUAAUAGGUAUUUCAUUAAAAUUAUACAGUGAUUAUGAAUAUCAUAUGAUUUAUUGGUAUAUCUCUAUUUUAUUUAGUAUGUCAUAUGAACAUUUAAAUGAAUUUAGAAUACAAUUAGAUAUGGAUAGAAGAAUGUAUUCAAUAUCAAAAAAAUCAAAGAAUAUUAAACCAUCAAAAUUAACACCAAAUAUGGAACAAUUAACUAUAUUGUUAUACAAGACAUUAAUAAGUGGAAUUACUAAACUCCUUUUAGCAUUAAAUAAAAUGAAUAUUAUUAAAUCACCAGAAUUUUUACUUGGUAAUAAUAAAUAUCGUUAUGAACUUAGAUUUUCUGCAUUUGAAAAAUGUCAUACACCACAAUAUAUUCCAUUUGAAAAAUAUGAAGAACAACGUACUAAUAACAUUCAACCAGGAUUAAUUAUUAUCGACUCUAUUAAUGAAUUGAAAAAAUGUAAAGAAAUUAUUGAAGAAAUUAAAUUGAAUAAUAAAAAUAAUUAUCUUCCUAAUGAAAUGGUUGGAAUGUUAUAUAAAAUAUCAAUGUCUAAUAUGUUAACUGCAAUGAAAUUAAUGAAAAUUCAUCCUACUUCAACAACAAAAGCAGUAUUUUCAUUUGAUGAUAUUGACUAUCUUCCAAUAAUUUCUAUUAAAGAUAAUUGA